CUCCACAUACAAGUUUCAUUCAAUUUGAUGUGAUUUUAUUUUCUUUCAUUAAUAUACGGAUCUAUCUCAUACAAUCUGAGCGAUGUCUCAAUCAGUGGUCCAAAUCCAGCCAACAGAGAUGCAGUUAUGGCUGGACAAAGUUGAAGCUUGGGGCCGAACCGACAUUUUAGACGUUCAGAAAGAUGCGUGUUUUCAUCUGACCACACUGAGAGAUUUCCUCCAGCGACUCCUUAUGCACAUCAACUGCAUGAGUUCGACAACAGAAAUCAUGAAGAAGAUGCCUUCUCUGGGCCAGCUUCUAGGCCGCCUGUGCUGGAACCCUGUUGUGACUGCUGAUGACAACAGCAGAUUAUUGAUCUUCCAGUGUCUUUGGCAGCUGUACUCUGAGAACCCAGUCAAUGCUUUGGAAAAAAAGGCUAACCAGUGGAUACAGAAACUUGUGUGUCAACUUGCCACAGAAGGCGAAGACAAAGAAUCUCCAUCCGAUGUUUUGCUCAAACAUUUAAAUGUGCCGCCAACACAGUACCAUCUGGAAGUCCUCAGCAAGGUGGUGGCCCGGUUGCAGGAAGACAUCGGGAAAAAAUGCAAUUCGUUGGAAGGCUUAAAUGAGAGGUGUUCAUGUGAUAGGAUUGUGGCUACAAGCGAGGCGUGCAUUCCGCUGGUUACCUGCCGUGAGGUUGCUCCUCUCAUUGGAGCCUUGCUGGAGCGGCCAUUCACCUGUGCCAAAGCAACUCUGAGUCAUGACUUCCUGAAUGCUCUUAGCACUGCCUAUACCAGCGGUUGCUUGUCACUGGAGGACCGCACAGUCAUGGCCCUUUGGUAUCACAGCCUGCCCAGCCUGGAGGAGGCGGCGCUCGGUCUGCUGGAGUCGACUGUCCUCACUGACACGCCGCUGUCGCCGCAGCAGCUGGAGCGGCAAAUAGAUCAGUCACUGCUGCCAAAGGCUUGUGCUCAACACUGCUCCAUCUUCUUGCUGGUCAACGACAUCUUCAGGGCCAUCCUCAAGAAACAAGGUCAGCCGCGCCUUCGGGAUCUCAUCCAAAGCUUUACCAGCUGCUUCUAUAGGGAACUGACUCUAUUACAGACACAGAUGCCUUUGAAGGCCUUCUUCCCUCACUCCCCUCAAAAUCUGCUGCUUCCGCUCUUGAGCCAGCCUCCAGAGGCGUCAAGGGAGGCUCGUAGACGUCACCUGAACUGGCUCAGCGACUCAUUACGAAGACUGACAGAGGAGGAAGAGGAGGCAGCUGGCAGCGGCGGCAGGGAAUUUGGUGUCGUGUUUGAGGCCUGGUUCCUGCUGGUCCAAUGUUCCCAGUGGGUACAGGAGGUUCUUCAGGUGCUGAUCAGCACCGAGCCCAGUGAAUGCCACCCUUUGCUGUGGCUGCUCACGUUUUACUACCACCCUUCCAACAGGGAGCACCAUAGGAAUCAACGACUGGUGUGUGUCCAACAAGUUUGGGAGCAGCUGCGCCUCUUUUUCUCACCUCGUCGUCCUCCUCUCGAUCCCGAGGAGACGCUCGGCAGCGUGCUGGCCCUCGUCUCGCCGAGCGCUCGGCCCCCAUCUCCGGCACCUUUAUUGAUCUUAAAUCUGGCAGUCAGCGGCGCCGUUUUCUCCGACCAAUGGCAGAGGGACGCCGCACUCAUCGUGCGAAAGGUGGCGACGGCGUCAGGUCUGGUCACUGAAGCGUCUCGCAUUCUGAGCUCGCUGGAGCGUCUGCUCGGCUCGAAGAGCGGCAACCUGUCGUCCGGUGACCCGGACGCGGCCUCUGUCAGGAUCCGUCGGCUUCAGGAAGCUCUCGGCCCUGGACUGCGCUGAUGCGGGAGACGCCCACUACGCACACUGACGCAGCCGCACCGUCGGACAACCACAAGCAUUCCGAGUGGUCGCCACGAGUGCUCCACCCUCGCACGGCGAUUUUCCUCAUCUGUUUUCAGCAGCCUUAUGGAAGAGAGAAAAAAGACGAAGAGGCAUUAUGGAACCAGAGCUACAAGUUAAGUAAUAUUCCCAUGGAGAGGACUAGAAAACGGAAAAACUAGCCCUUUUGGGUCACAAAUCGAAGUUUGUUAAAUGUCAAACAAAACCUCAAGGGGUUUCAAUGUGCAUGUUGAAAAAAAAUAGAUGUUUAACUAUUGACAUAUACGAUGGCUGGUCAUUUUCCUAAAUAAAAUUAUCCAAUGACAUAGUGCAGUGAUUGUUUUUGCAAGUUUUAAACCCCACAGACCCACAUUUUUUCUGCUGGGCAAAAAAAAAAAAAAAAUCUACGCUGAUUUUUUACUCAAACACCAGAACAAAGUACAAUUUUUUGGUUGGGGAUUUUUCAUGAUUUAAUGUUCAUGUGUUUAAUGAGAAAUCAGCACUUUAAUGUUCUUUUUGAAAUUGCCUUUGGUCAGCCAUCUUCAAAGAGCCAAAAACAGCAAAGAGGGCAUGCCAAACUUCAUGAUUUGAUUUCAAUGGGUAAAGUUUCAUCCAAUCAUCUCCCAGAAGUGGCACUAGCAACUAAAUUCAGUGUACUUAUUGGUUUACAAACGCAAACAAGCCGUGUCCUUCAGCAACAUGCUCAGGUCUGAAGGGGUUAAAAAAUGGAUUACAAAGUAAUUCUAAGAAAAAACUGCUUGAAAAAAACAUUGUUACUAAAAUACAAAUUAUUAUAGUAAUAAAAUAUAAGCUUAUAAAACUAAGUUUGGAAAGAAAAAUUGUUGAAAAGUGAUGCUUAACUCAAAAUGAAUGCACUAAAUGUGUGAAAAUAUUUUCUAAACCUUCAUCAACAUGAUACUUGAAUAUAUUAUAAAGAAUAAAAUUGCAAAACAAAAAAUAAUUAUUAAUAAUUAUUAUUAGGGAUGUCCCAAUAGCAUAUUUUUGCACCCAAGUCAGAGUCCCCUCAUUUUGAGAAUCUGCCAAUACCAAGUCCUGAUCCAAUACCAGAAAAAAAGUUUUAAACAUGUUACUGUCCCACCACGCACCUUCAUAAUGUGAAUUAUUUUUAAACAAGAAUAAUGUAGAAAAAUGCUUGUCUUUAUUAAACGCUUCAUUGAGUGAAUCCACUCAACUUCACGUUUUGGCACUCACACUGCUAAGAACAGCCUCUCACUUACACUACGAGUUGCCACAGCACACUACAAGCUAUGCUAACAAGCGAAACGGUGAUUGAAACAUUUUGGCCUUUGAUGGUACUGCUACCAAACCUCUCUGGAAAGAUCAAAGCUACCUCCCUGUCAAUCAUCGUUAACUUUAGGCCACGUUCUGUUCCGUCUACACUAGAACAGAUAAUUUUCUCAAGGGUAUUUUGCUAUUUUUAUACCUGUCCACACUUACGUUUAAGGUGCAUUUAAGGCCCUCCCGCUACUGUAAGGUACGCCUGCAUUUGCGCAAACUACGCAUGCGUUGAAAGGAGCAAGCUCAUAUGUUACGUCAUCUCCCGUGCAGUUUACCUCAUUAUUCGUCAGCGUGAAAUUUCGAAAUUACCACACCUUCUAGACCAGGUGUCUGGAACUCUCGUUUUGUGAACUCGUUUUGUGAUCACUCUUUUUUUUCGUGAACACAAUUGAACACAUCACGCAGGAGCGAGAGUGAAGGUAGAGCACGCUGCCAUGCUCGGCUUUUACGAACAGUUGCCAAGUUGUGAUUGAAAUAAAUCUUUUUAAAACAGCUGAAGCCUGACUGACAUCGUUACUUGGGAUGUUACAACCGAUGCUCAGUUGUGCUCACCACUUGGAAAAUAACAAAAAGAAACAUAUGGUGUGGCGCUGCGUAUACUAGUAUUUCCUGGAAGCCCCAACCAGGAGUACUUAUGCAUAACAGUGGCGAUCCUGGAAGUGGUGACAGUUUUGACAGGCAAUAAUGUCCUGAAAAAAAAUAUCGUGUGCCUCUUUGACUGGGGAUACCACGCAGGUCACUUUUCGGGGUUUAAUUUUCCUCUACGCAUUUUUAUAUACUCGUGUUCGGUCGGCAUGGAGUUGGGAGGGGCAGGCCCUGCAGUUGCUGAUCUUAGACAACGCUGGAGACGUGCUCUGGAAAAAACGCACAUCUCUGCAUCAUCCGUGAUGGGAGGACCACAAAUGGGCACUGAAUUGAAGCAUAAUAUUGCGACGUAGUUUGAAGGUUUAGGAAAAAUGUGUGGAAAAGAAAAGAGGAGCAGGAAUGCCACGUCGUGAUUGUCCGUUGCCAUUGUUUACGAUGCCGUCAUGUCACACUAAAAAUGGCAACUGCAUGAUGUCACUUCCUUAGUAUCCAAUUGUUGUACCGAGACAGCAGUCCAUAUUAAGCGGCGGGUAAUGUUACCCACCUACAUUAUCCCUGUAACAACUAAUCCGGAUAAUAGGCAUAUUAGUGUAGCCGACAUGCCAUAUAGUCCAACUAAUUUCACGUUUAAGGCCAUUAUCCAUCCUAAUGUAGACGUAGCCUUAAAUAGCUAACUCCAGGGCACUGCUGACCAGGAAAAGCAGCAGGAGGGAAAGUGAUAGGCUGUACGAACCAUGAAGCAGAAAAACAUUUUUUUUUAAAAUUAAAAACACGAUCCUUUUCGCCAGAUCACAUGAUCGGAUCGGGGCAUUCCUAAUAAUAAUUGAUGCCUGGGAAGAAAAUAAAAUAACAAUGCCUGCAAAAAAUAAUUCAAUGAACAAUGAACAGAAUACAGAAAUAAAGCGUUGAAAAUAGUGGCAGCUCCUUGGACGACCGCUCCAUUCACGCAAUGGCGAGCGGACCGGACGCCUGUUCCUGCUGAACUGAGCCAGUGAUUGCGUAGGACUGAUUAUCAGCUCAGUAGGCACAGGAGGCCGAGCCCAGAUCUUGCUGUCCGUCCUUCCGUCCCAAUCGACAUAUUAGGGUAAGCUUUAUGUGUGCACGAGUGCGUGGGGGGCGCCAUUAGGGGCCCAUAAAUCACUGGGGCUUAUACAGUAUAUAUGCAGGCGCUGAUGGGUGUCAUAUGGCCAUUGCUCUCUGAAACGGCCCUUUGAUGGCCAUUAGUCUUUGAAUAGGCCCUAAAUAUAGGUGGACGGAUGACACGCGCCACACCGAGCUCAUUGCUAAUUCACAGUUCCAUCGUCAUUUAGACAGAUGGCGCCCCCAGACACACUUUCAUGGACUAUAAGUGGACACCGUCCACACGGCCAUUCAUCAAUGCAUCAAUCAUCAGUCAGGACUCGGACUUUUAUGCUUCUCACUUGAUGAGAAGCAAGGAAGUUUCUUUUCUUAACCUUUUAACACCAUUGUGAAAAAAAAUUAGAGGAUUCAUUUUUGAAGUGCAAAUUUGAAAGUAUUGGGGCAUGAUGUAGAAGAUCCUGAUUAGUUUGACUUAAUUUUGCUUUCUUCCCUUUUGCGGACAAUGUUCUCCUCAGGUGCAGAACUUAGCCACUGUGAACAAAGAGGAUAGCAAUCACUGUUCACCAAUCAGCUAAGCUCUGUGCCUGGCUGGAGACAACACGCUCUUGAAUAAUCAUGUCUUCUUUACUUUGAAUCUGUGUAUGUGUGGUUGCAAUAGUAGCCGGUAUGGUCAGGGCUGUGUGGUAAUCCCUGGCAAUGUGAUUUUUAUCAUAAGUCACAAAUCAGCACGCCAGGAACCCCCGCAGCCCAGACAGCGGGCAUCACUACGCAAAAUCAGAACUCUGCGUGAAGCGUAGGCAAACCGAAGUCGGUUGGAGACUACUUUUGCGCCUAACCCGGUGACAUGCCCCUCAUUAAGCGAACAGAGUGAGUGGGCUUUUAAAAAAAAAAAAAAAAAAAUAGCGCUGCGAGAUAGAUGCGUUUUCAAGGCUUGUUCUGUUCUCAACAAGCUACUUAGAAGAAGGAGAAGGGAAGAAAAAGACCAAGACGUAAAAACAAAAACAUUGACGCGGCCUGGAGUGGCUUCAUCCAUCAUCUUAAUUGGACACAAGUUGGGAACAGUGUGGUCCACAUUUGUUGACACAUACUUCAGUAAGUUCUCUUCUUCGGGCCUCUUUUGGGCGCGUUGUGUAUGUUAUGGCAUACACUCCAAAAGACGUAGUAGCAUGCCUCAUCACUGGCUCGAUCCACAGAUGGUUUUCCUUCAUGGGAAACGUCUCCAUAACGAGGCAAACUGGCUAAGCACUAUCACACCACGCUGUGCCUCCCCAUAUCCUUUCCCGUAACACAAAAAGUAGGCGGUGGGUUCUAUUUUCUAUACACCAAUCGGGAGACAGCGUGGCGCCUAUCAGCCCCGCCCUCUCCAAGUGUGCUGUAACCUAACCUGAACUUUUGUAGUUUACCAAUUUGACUGACGUGAUGUGGUUCCAAAUGAAUAAAUGUCACACUUGUGUCAGUCAGAUUCCUCGGGGCACGGAUAGAUGAAAAAACACUUCACCGUCCUGGACAUCAAGCUGUCUACUUCUGUAUGUAUGUGUGUUAGAGGACUAAAAGCAGUAUGGUGGUGAAGACUGACUUAAAAUUAGAUUUAGAGCUCAGUCACUUGGGUUGGUGUUUACCUGUGAGUUGAAUGCAGGAUGUCAAGGUCAUCCCAACAGAGUGAAUCUUGAAUCUUGAAAUAUUGAGCAAACGUGUCAACCAAUCUGUAAUGGUCUUCACGUAGAAUAUUUAGCUUCAGAUUUUGGUAAAAAUUGGACACUGAUCAGGGGAAAUAACUGAGAAUGUGUCCAAAGUCAUGUGAAUUAAUACAUGACCCAGUCACCCAGCACAGCUAAAUCCAGUUUUCAAAAUUGAGGUUUUUGGCAUCAUCGAAAAGAGACCGGCGUGAUUACAGUUAUGUCAUUUUACUAUUUUAAAAUGUUGUCCCUAAGAAAUACAAUUUGAACCUUCAACAUUUGAAAGUGAUGUUUAUAUUGCACUCAGCAUUAUCACAGAUUUUACCUGCAUGUUCAAGUUUUACAAAAUUUUAAGAAAUUUUUACAUAUUGGUUGAAUACCUUUAUCAAAAUACAGUAUUGACAAUUUAUACUUCAUUAUAAUGAAACUUUGAAUUGAUUUUUUAAAAAAAAAAUGUAUUUCAGUAACUUUUAAGGGUGUAACGGUACAUGUAUUUGUAUUGAAUCAUUUCGGUACGUGCUGCUCGGUUUGGAACAGAGGCGUACCGAACGAGUUUCUGACGUAAUAUAACCCAUACUUUUCGAGGCUGUGAGUCGAUCGGGUUACAGUUUCUUUGUGUUGAUUAUAUUUACUCUAUCUUUUCUACUAUAAUGAGGACCAACACGGUACGACAGUAUAACCCAGAAACGUCAACGGCGCGACAACGUGGCCGCCGCGAGAACGCAGUGAAACACGGGCGUUAAAGUCAUUCAGCCAAUGCACACCAGUUGCAGUGCGGCCGCGUGUUAGACGCGUCCCAGAAGCGUCUCAACACGACGCACGCGAAAAGAACGGCAGAGUUUAUUAUUUGAAGGCGAGACGCGACCCUCCUGCGUCAAUACUACUACUGGUAGCUAGGAUCGGGCAGACUGGAAGUCACUCGUGUAAAAAUACGGUGGAUCCGGUCGAUUUUCAAACUAAUAUGCAAUCGUAACCCACUUUUUGAGUCCAACAGAUCUCUUCAGUGGUAGAUCGGGGCACAGUUGACUUGUCUUUGUUGAUUUACUGCUGUCUUCUCUGCUAUAAUAAUAACCAACAUGGCCCUGUGUUCUAUACAAAACCCUCCUACCACAACAAAACAAGUAGGAACUAGAAUUCACAUAGGAACUAAAGUUAUACAACAUACGGUAAAAUAUACAAUAUAAAUAAAUACUACAUCACAUUUGUAAAAUAUAAAAACAUAUUAAAAUAAAUAAUAGCCCAAAAAGAAUAAUCAGAUGCUGCUUACACAAUUAAAUUUAUUAAUUUCUGUGUGGCGCUUUAACUCCACCAACCAAAGCCAAAAAUCCACCAAAUCCACCAACAAAGCUUUUGAAAACCGUUCAUAAGAAAAAAAAAAAUGAUUCAUUGAGGCAUUUCAUUUGUAAAAUACAUGUUAAAUCUUUGUCAUUGGGAUUGCUUUUCUCUUUAGCACAGGACUUCUUUUUUCUUUCAGAAAGAAAGCUGACCAAUACGCAGGGUCUGAAAGGCAAAUUGUUGUUGGAUUAUCUUAAAAUACCUGCUACUUUUUGCGCAGAAUUCUAGCUUUGUAUAGGCUAAUGUUCCUAUUGUUGAAAGCACAAAUGUGUGUAAUAAACAACUAGCACAUUUAUAUUUUGCAUUUUGUUGUCUUACUGUACCGAAAAUGAACCGAAGCGUGACCACAAAACCGAGGUACGUACCGAGAUUUUUGUGUACCGUUACACCCCUAUUAACUUUGCCUAUGAUGGUGGAGGCAAAGCAGAGCUGAGAAAGAAUUCAUGCAAGUAAUACAAAAAAUCAUGCUGAAUAUGAAUUUUUAGGGUGUCACUCCUGCUUAAUUGGUUGAUGUAUCAAAAUAAGUGUAUAAAUGUGAAUCCAACCCAGCUGGCUUUGGCCAAGAGGCAGUGUAAUGUAAAGCUACCAGUGUUGUUAAUUUUACUUUUAAAAAGUAAUUAAUUACAGUUACAAAUUACUUCUCCCAAAAAGUAAUUGCGUUAGUAACUCAGUUACCUGAAUGUAAGAGUAAUUAGUUACUUGGAAAAGUAACUAGUGGUAAA